AUGGCCGCGGCGCUCCAGCCUCUCAAAUUCCUCACCGUCGCUCCCCUCGCGAAGCAUACCGCGACCGUCAUCUUUGUCCAUGGCCUCGGUGACUCCGGACACGGUUGGAAGCCUGUUGCGGAUAUGUUCGCCCGCGAGCCCAGCCUGCAGCAUGUCAAGUGGAUCCUCCCUCACGCGCCCACGAUGCCCGUCACGGGGAACGCGGGGAGCCAGAUGCCCUCCUGGUUCGACAUCUACGACUUCGGGAGCAUCAACGGGCGCGAGGACGACGACGGGAUGCUCAAGACCGCGCACGCGCUCAACCAGCUCAUCACCGCCGAGGUUGACGCGGGCAUCGCCGCCGACCGCGUCGUCCUUGGCGGGUUCUCGCAGGGCGGCGCCAUGUCCUUGCUCACGGGGAUCACGAGCGAGCGGCGGCUCGCGGGUCUUGCCGUCCUCAGUGGCUGGCUCCCCAUACGCAUGAAAGCGAAAGCGAUGAUCUCCGACCGGGCGAAGAAGCUGCCGAUUUUCUGGGGCCACGGCAAGGCGGACCCCAUCGUGCGCUUCGAGGUCGCGCAGAUGUCGCUCGAGUUCCUGAAGAAGGAGAUGGGGAUUAACGCGGUUGAGCCUGACGCGGUGCUCGGUGGCGGAAUCGAGUUUCACGCGUACGACGGUUUGCCGCAUUCCACGGUACCCGAGGAGCUCGAUGCUCUACAGGCAUUCUUGCAGAAGACGGUCCCAGCGCAGGAUUGA